AUGGAUUCCAAUUUGGAGUACAUAUAUGAGCACUAUGUUGAGCCAUCCGACAAGGACAACUGCACGGAUGGGACGGUGAUGAUGCAGGCGAUCCUUGAAGACGCGGAGCAUGCGGAGGAGCAUGUUCCCAAUUUCAAUGGAUUGAUCAAGGGUCAUCGAGUGCUCAACCGCAACAGGGUGCGCGAACAUUUGACACUGAUGACUGACUACUUUGCCCCUGAUACACUCUUCGAUGACCAUUUUCGCCGGCAUUUUCGGAUGCGCAAGACUUUCUUCAAUCGUUUGUACCAUUGUGUUUGGAUGCUUGCAUAUUGCACGACCGCUGAUUUGUGGGAUGAGUAUCUACGGAUGUCUGAGAGCACAUGCGGAGAUACCAUGGUCGGGUUUGCAACUGUCGAAGUCAAGGUGUUUGGACCCCAGUAUCUGAGAGAACCAACUGUGACAGACACCGAGAGGUUCUUGGCAAUCUCAGAAGCAAUAGGGUGGGUAGGUUUGCUUGAGACCUUGUGGGAAGUGAUGACAUGUUGUGCGAUCAUGCUCAACAUGAUCAUCGAGGAUGAGGGCGAGGUGCUGUCGCAACUCUAG